AUGGCUUUGAUUUCGUCCUUCUUCAAUUGUUUUGGCCCCUCUUCAAACUCAUCAUCUCAAGUUUAUGAUGAAAAAUCAUCUCAAUCGAAAUCUUCGUCUUCAUUGAAGAAACCAAAGAGCAAAGAAAAAUUAAAGGGAGCUCCAAUUAUAGUUUCUUAUUUUCCUAUUAACUCUAAUUGCUCACGUUUGUAA